AUGAGUGUUUUCAACCAUCUGGCACCUUUGCUCCAAAAAGCAUCUGCAUCCAACAAAAAAGUGAAAGAGCACCCACCGGUCUGUUUGUCCCCUCCUCUCUCUCUGUCAUCUCCUGUCAUCAAAAAGAAACCCAUUCAGAUCCCAUCAUUCGACGAGAAAGGAGUCAUCUCUGAAACUCCGAAACAGAUACAAUCUGAAAGGUAAAUUAAAUCUAAACUUCUCUCCUAGCCUAGUUUCAUAAAACUCUGAGACUUUUGUUCUGUAUUCCUUUUAUUGUGUCCCUGUUUUUGCCCCAGAUUGUUUGUUCCUAUCUAUUCCUCCAAGACAUCCAGCCCAGCCUGUUGGAGCAGAUCUUGCCAUUAUUCACAAAGACACUACGGAGAUAGAGCUUCAACCCUUCCCAGGACUAAACCAAAAUCAUGUAACCCUCCAACUCUUCUUGCGAAGCCCAGCAUCUCCAUUUCUCCAGCACCAAAUUCCUCUCCCACUCUGGGGCCAAAGCCAAGAGAUUCCCGCCGUCCCCCAACCUCACAUCUGUGUGAUCCCUCUCCAUUACUGCACCAGCCUCCACCUAAACCAAGUGUGUCUCCAACUCUCAUUGUCCCGACACCUAGACUGAGUCCAUCUCCUUCUUCACUGUGUGGAGGAGGGAAGGGUUCAGAUAACCAAGGAGGAAGGCAACCCUCUCAUGUCGCUCAGGAGAGACGCGCCAGAUCUAUCGCCAUAUCAAAUCCUAAAGUUGAGCAUGUGUCUGGCAAACAGAGGUCUUCAAACGAGGCAAAGCAUGAGAUUCUUGACCAAGCAGCUUUACUGGACUUCACCCAUCCUGCUUUGAGGAGAACUUCUUCCAUGACAUGCAGAGAGUCACAAAGACAAACAGGAGUGUCCCACAACUCUCUCGUCAUGCAAGGAAAAGCCGGUUUGAGUAAGACAGAUCACAUCUCAGGUGAUAAACAAAAGCCUUUUUGUGGACACGAAAAUAUCAGUGCAAUGCCAAAACCAAAGUCAAGUAUCAGGCAACAGCAGGAGCUUCUGCAAAGUAGAGCGAUGGGUACAAAAGCAUCAAAUCUUAAGACGAAAUUUGGUGAAUUGCAGUCAGUGUUUAGUGAACGGGUCAGUCAGUCUGGCCUCAACAUUCACAGGAAACAUACAGACUUCACUAACAUUCACCCGAGAGGAUCUGGCUCCUGUGAGCGUUUCAGUGAGCGACUGUAUUCAGAGAGACAAGUGACUCCAGUAAUGUCAUUUCCCACAGAGCUUCUCUUCAAUCAGCCAGCUGUCUCACCAAAUAUUGAGAGCCGAAGAACACGAUUCUACUCAAACGACAAAACAAAAAUGAAUACUUUUCUAACAGGUUCUGAUUUCAAUAGACCUCAGGGGGGAAACAAAAAUCAAACAUCUACUGAAAAUGUAUCUGAACCACUAUCAGAAAGCUUCAAACCUCCUCUAAAACACAGCCCUUCAUCAUGUCAAACCACACAGACUGAUGUGAAAAGUGCAGUAACCCAGCCUGACUGUGUUUCAAAUGAUUAUCUGUCAAGAGCAAUCGAUCAGAAAACAGAGGCUUUGCCGGGUGCACACAGAUUAAAUCAACUAAAGAUGUGUCUGGUAGCUCCUCAGACACAGGAGGCCUCCAGACCAGCUCCUGAAUCCAAACCUGAUGCUACAUCCCAAAAAAAACACUCAGAUAACAAACUGUAUGAAAGCGAUAGUGAGGCGAACCUUUGCAACACAGGAGUGAAUCAAACUGAUACUUCUGAAUCAUCAGGCCAUCACGGAGCGCUUGAAAAUCUACCCGGCUAUCCCUCAGAGAAGUGCGAUGUGAGCUGGCUAUCCUCUGUUGCACAAUGCCCAUUCAAAACCAACAGUUUUGGCACCGAUUCAAAGGGUUUGUUAGACCACAAAGCAAUCCAGAGACCAGAAGAGACAUCAGCAACAACAGCUUCUCUUUCACAACAGCAACUGAAUGACUAUCCAGCGGGCAGAGUGUUUGUCAUGGAGGAAGCAGAGGACCCCUGCUAUGUCACGAUGUAUUACCCGGGCUCAGUGUACGUAGGUGAGUACAGAUAUAAUGAUAAGCCUUUAACCUGAUAACUCAAAAAAAAGCACACAUCCGACUUGUUUUUAGUCUAUGUUGGUUAAGAGCUGAAUACUUUCUCUCUGAAGGGGUGGGAACUCAAAUGAGGGGGUGGUCAAAGAGGAUAGCAGAGGGAUUUGAGGGACUGCUCCUUAUCAGCAGAGGAACAGACCUGUUGAAGAGAGACAUGACAGCGCUGGUUAGUGGGCUAUCACAGUGACGCCUCUAAGACAAACAAACACAACAACAACAAACAUGCAGGAAGGAAGUCGGAGGAGGGAUGAAAGCAGAGCAACGCUGAGAUAAAGUGUGAGUACCACCACUGUGGUUUCCUUCCUUUAAACUUAUGGUUGUUAGUCAGCAUUUUAAUUUGAAAUAUCACGGCAACACUUGGAAACUCUUUGUAGUUACUGUUUUGAAGACGUGAGAUCAAAGGUAAAGUUAGAAAACCUGACAAAUUAUGAAUAAGGGGUGUCCAUGCUUUGCUUUAGGAUUUGAGCUGAAUAAUGACGCAAGCUGUGGAAAGUUCAGUUGUUUCAAACCUUGUGAAUCUUUUAGUUAGGAGACAAUAAAAUUUCCCUCCCUUUGCUACAAGCUGAAUACUAUAGGUUCAUGUUGUUUUGGAUCAUGUGUUUUCACACUAAAGAUGACUGAGUGGUUUUUAGAUGCUCCCUUUAGGGGUACUGUCCUCUAUUUUAUCACAAAACAAACCAAGCUCCAUAGGUACACCUACCAGCUUUUUCUAUUGGCUUUUGGUUGUCAUUGGCUGGCAGAGUACGUGCUAUUGUUACGUCAUUGGAUUUGUUUUUAUUUUAUCUUGUUAUUUAACCUUUAUUUAACCAGGUAAGAACCCAUUGAGAUCGAGAUCUCAUUUACAAGAGUGACCUGGCCAAGAGGUCGGCAGCACACAUCACAAUAAUAGAUAAUAAUAAACAAGAAGAAAAUGACCUCCAGAAACAUAAUUAAAAACACAGGCACUGUUCCACGGUCUCCCAAAGUCUGUCAUGUAAGAUUGAAUGAAAUGCUUCCAGCGAAAUUAAUUCUGACAAUUUCAGGUCAGUCUGGAAAGUAUUCCAUUAUAUUUUCAAAAUAGUGAAAUGGUCACACAGGAUUCACUUGUCAAAUGAAUCCGAGUACAGUCUCCCAAGUCAGUGAUUAUACACUUUUCAUUUCACUUUCAUUUUUCAUUUAACGCUACACUUCAUAAUUUAAACUGACAGUCACUCAGCAUAUUCAGAUCUUUGCAAAAACUUGAAAGUCGAAUGUACAAGAUGUGGCACUUUGUUAAAACUGGAAUAAAAGUCAGUACGUUUAAAUUAGCUAAAAGAAGACCAACAAUAUUAAAUAGCUUUUACACGAUAGUAUUUAGUAACAACAACCGUAAGCAUAAUAUAUACUAAAUAAGGCAACUACCUUUCUUAUUGGAAAUUAAAACACUUUUAAUCGAGAUUUUACUCCAGAGACGAAGGAAUAAAUACUUUGGCAUUUGGGUAUUACUGUCUUGAUCAAGUCGAAUUCGAAUAGCUGUAUUUAAUCCAAUCAUGUGGGCUUACUUGUACUUAAAUUCAAUACCAAUAUUUAUCAAAAUUAAUUUCCCUCAAUAUCAAUAUAAAACAUGGUCAAUAUGUUUUUAGAUAGUCUGCAUUCUGACAUGUUUUGGUAGACUGUAAUAAUAGUAGGGCUGGGACGAUAUGCUUUUCUCCUUAUUCGAUUCUUCUACGAUUUUUUUGGAUGCCAAUUUGAUUUUAAUUGCGAUUUUUACGAUAUUGUCGGUUUUCUCGAUUUUUAGUCUGCAUUUUUAACACCAGUGAAACAGUUGAAUGAUUAUGAUUAUCUACUGACUAUUCCAGGAACCAUAUUUCCUAAAAAAAUUAAAUAAAAUACACAUCACAUGUGAGUCAGUUUUUAAGAUUUUUUCUAAAAUUUUGGGGGAAAAAAUUAAUUUUUGAACAUAAAAAUCAUUUUUAAAAAUUGUAAAACAAAAAAUCAUAAUACUUAAGUGAAUCUGUUUUUUCUACCACCCCUAAUGAAUAGCCAAUGAAAAGGGGAGUUUCUCCAGGUCCACUUCAUGCUGAACCAAUCAAGUAGCAAACAAUUCUGUAGUAGCAGGCUGCAGCUACACGCAACCAUAGCACUUUAAUAGCGCAACGCCUCAUGACAAAAUGUGGAAGAGACACAAAGACCUCACAGAUGCAGUAGUUAUUGUAUUGCAAAAGAUAUGCUACCAAUAAGCUCUGUUAAAUUUCAUUUUUUAUAUGGUGAUAUAUAUCAAUAUCAACUGAUAUGAAAACAUAUAUAUCAUGAUAAACUUUUCCCAUAUCGCCCAGCCCUACUGCAGGUUAUAUUUUUUUCCCUGCCAAAAAUGUAAGAAAGUAUAUAAGAUCUUCUAAUAAUAUAGCACAUUUCAGUACACUGUGAAAGUGAAACAUUAGAUUCACAUAAGCAGUCAGUCAUUUCAAUGGCAAGGGCAAGUCUCUUUUCUUUUAUUACACCAACUCUAGUUGAAGAUCUCAGUGCAUCUUCAACCACUGUAUUCAUUUACAAUUGGCAAACAGUUUUCAUUUUGAAAAUCUAUCUUUGCAUAUCAUUAGGUGACAACGUCCCCCUGAAUACUAGACUUUAACGCUGAGAGAAAAGACAACCAAAAAAGCAGUCCCUUCGAGGUAGUUACACUGCGCAAGCGCACUGCAUCUCCCCACACCCUCUCCUCUUGUCGCCUUAGCAACGGUAAAGGGGGGCUCACGGCCAGAGGGAAGGAGAGAAGAGGUACCUCAUCACAUGACCGCUCCUCAUCUUUUUAUCUCAGUGUAUGGGCAUACAUCGUUUGUUCUUGGACUUUGAGUGACUCUAGACCAGUGUACGGAAAAGAAACUGAGCCCUCCUUUGAUUUGCAGUCCGGUUAAACGGUUAUCGGUAAGUGUGACACACCACAUCCGCGCCGCUGAGCCGACCAUUAGCCGUUAGACCAAAGGCUAACAGCUAACACGGUGCUGCCGUUAGCCGUUAAUAUGGUUUUAUUCAGCGUGUUUGAGACAAUAGGGUCGACCUGCUGUGAUGGAGCCACCAUUGGGUCCAGUAUUGAUGAAGAAACAAUUUGGUUUGCUUAAAUAUGGAGCCAUAUUGUGCCACACUUUAACGUGAAUCUUUGGGGAAACACAGAAAUAACGUUUUUGGGUUUUUUUCAAAGCGAAGAAAACAGGUCGUAGUUCUCCUGCCAGGACAGCAUCGUAAACCAGAGAGGUCCCAAAGUGUGAUUUUUGCUGCAUGUAAUGAUGCUGAAUAAUGUGGAUGUGUGAGUGUAUGAGUGAAAGAGGAGCAGAAGGGCAGAGAAAGCGGGCGAGCAGGGCUUCAUGAAUCCUGAGUGUAGUGAAUCAAAGUGACAGCCUCUGCCUCGGUGACCUGUAUGAUCUGUGUCUGAGACUCAGAGCAAGGCAGCAGGCUGCUUCAUGUGUACUCCCUGCAGGGCUGAGCUUUUCUACAUCUUGGCUCAACCUCAUGUCUGCUACUCUUACCAUCUGCCUGCACUGUUUGUUUCACUGAAAAGCGCAGAUCACAGAACAGAUGCUCUUAUUACCUUUGCUUAGGAUGUUCAAAGACUGUAUUACUGAGGGAUGUCGUGUCUAUUUUAUUGGAUAUGUUACCAACUCUAAAAGUUUCACUGGAGUAAGGUAAUACUUUGUCACAACUAGCUCCCCAAAUAAAACUAGACAGUUACCAAGCAACGCAUACAUUCUGUGUUUGUGGUCAAACAGAUGGGUGCCAGAACAUUUUUUUUUGUAGUGUGUUUUAAUCUAUCAUCAAACAAGAUUGGGCACAUUCAGGAUGAGAUGGCUGUAAUCUGUCAUGCAACUGGUGAAAUUAAAGUCUGCUGUUUGAUUCAAAGGCACCAGAGAGACAAAUCAAGACAUACACUAUCUGCUGUAAUGUCAGUUUACUGUAUCAAGGAUACCUGGCUUUAGAUCAGUGAUACAGUAAAAGGUUUGAGUGCUGUUGUACUCUCUGUCAGCACUUAUACGAUUAGAUUACUUGGUCGGAAACAACUGUUGUAUACACUGAUGGGUCAAUGACGUGACGCCUAAAUAUUCUGUCCGGCUGUAUUUUUUUAAAAUGGAAAAGGUUUAAAUGCACAAAAAUAUACUUUCUAUAUGUAGUAUCUCUCUCAUAUAUGUUGUCACUUCACCUUUUCAAAAAUCAGGUCUUAUUUGUAAUUUUUCUGAACUUCAAAGUGUCAAAAUAUCAUGUGGUGCGACCAAUAAUAACAUUAAUUGUAUGAAAUACAAACUAAAAUAUCUAAUUUCUGUAACUGAAACAUUAAUCCCUGGUACAAUAUGCUUAAGUGACAGGUAGUUUUAAAACAUUUUUAUUAGUAUUAUGCAGUUUAAAGAAAAUAUUAGUCAGUUAACUACAUUUAAUUUAGCGACUGGGACAUUAUAGAGCUAAAAUGUGAGAUCAUUAUUUACAAAAACUCAAAUGAAAUGCAAACACUUGGUUUCUAUCUACUUGAUAUUACCAACAAUUUGUAAAAAACUAUUAAGUAUGUUGAAAAAAUGUAAUAAUUUUGAGAUAAUUUAUGGUCGCACCACAUGACAUUUUUUAAGGCCACAGCCAAUUCAUCUAUAUGAAAAAGUACUAAAAAUUGUGUAAUUUAAAAAUUUAACAUUAAUUUUAGUAUAAACAACAUCCUUAGUGUUUCCUUUUGCAAAAUAUAUUCCCAUUUUUGCUGUAUUAAAAUUGGCAUGUUUAAAAACCUUAUACGUCAUUGACCCUGAUAUAUGAAUAACAUAAUCAAUGCUAAGUGUUUCGGACUCCAAUGACAUGUUGUUGUAGCAUGACUAUCAUUUUCUCUGUCCUGAAUAACAAGCCCACCCCUGACCUUUGAGGGUAGAAUUCGAGGACAACCCAACUAAUCAGUAUGCUGAAUUGUAUAAUGAUUUCUGGUGUCUGUGUAUCUUAUAACAAAUUUAACAGCCCCAGAAAUCCUGCCUCUUUAUUUCAAAGUCAGAUAUGUUAAAACAAGAAUUGUGCAAAAAGUAAAAGUUUGGUGAACCAUCCCACUCAGAUGACUCUGACAAAAAUAUGAAACAGGGAAGAUCUCUACUGGCCUACUUUCUAGUCAUUUGGCAGUAACAUGUGUUAAUAAAAAUGUUACUUUUUAUCCUCUGUUUCUUCUCUAGACAUGUCAGACGUAGUUCCCCCAGAAGUGAGACCAAAACCAGCUGUCCCUGCCAAGCCCCCAAAUGUGGGGGCUCCUUCCCCGUCAAGCCCUUUCCCACCCCAGGGCCCUGGCAUUGGAGGAGCUGCUCCCCCUCCUCCGAGUGCUAUUCCAGUGCCCAUUGGGAGUCAUGGCCCCAGGGAGGUUAGCACUCACAGUGUGGGUCAUGGUGUGGGUCAUGGUGUAGGCCAUGGGGCCAGCCAUGGGGGAGCUCACACUGCAGCACUCAAUGGAGGCCAUGCCCAUGUGGGCUCCCACAGCUCCAGUGGGGGAUCAACAUUGCUGGGUUAUAUUGGCAUUGACACGAUCAUUGAGCAGAUGAGGAAGAAGACCAUGAAGACCGGCUUUGACUUUAAUAUCAUGGUUGUUGGUAAGCAACAAAUUAUACAUUCAUCCUCAGUUUUAAGACUCUUUUGAUUUUUGGCAAAAGCAAAGCAAAUCCACCUUUUCAGCGCAGUUUUUCCUCUCCUUCUUUUCUCAGGUCAUAGUGGUCUUGGAAAGUCAACUCUGGUGAACAGCCUCUUCAAGUCCCAGGUGAGCAGGAAGAGUGCAGGGUGGGCCCGUGAUGAGAAGAUCCCCAAAACUGUGGAGAUUAAAGCAGUGUCUCAUGGUGAGUGCAGUGACAGAGCCGCUGUUCUUUCUUUGGAGCCAGACAUUUAUAGCAGCAUUUAAUUUGAUAGAGAAGAUGAGCUAUCUUUGACCAUCCUCAAAGAAAUCCUACUGAGACUUGUUAAAUAAUCUGUGUCAUAUUAUCUGCAGCUUGGAAGCUCCUUUGUGCUAAUUCAUUGCAAUUGAAUUAUAGAACUUUUCGACAACGUAUAUCCUUUCUGUGUAAAAGUCUUAAACCAUUCAUCAACAUUGACUCUGUCUUUGCUGUUAGCUGUGUUGGUUAACUAAAGAAAAAUCCUUUUUCCUAAAUUUUAUUCUGAAAGGAGACCUACUUUAUAAUACACUGUAAAUUUUCUUUGAAACUCAGACUUCACAAGUAUCAGUGAAGUUUAUCAACUCUGUCUGAGUCUUCUGCAGUCAUCUUUUGCAGUAUUAUUGUGACAGUUUAAAUUCAAAUCCUAUUCUCUCAAAAUGCCCCGUCUCCCUGGUACAAAGACAGUUUGGUUUUAAUGGAGUGAGUCUUUAAUAAUAACCGAAUAUUAAGAAAAAUCAUUAUGGUUACGAGCAAAGAAAAAAGUAACAAGUAAUAACAGACUGCCAUUCAGAUUAUGUUUACCAGCGCUUGGUCCAGAUGACAGAUGUGAUGUCACACUAAAAACACCCUGCCUGUGGACACACAGGCUGCCAACAGCUGUAGUCUGUAGGGCCAAAAACAUCAAUUAAGAGAGGGUGUUAGAAAUUUUGUGAUGCAACCUCAAUAUAAAAACACACUGAAAAUACAGAUGACAUUACCACACAACACAACACAGCCAAAAUUAACACAAUUAAAUACUAUGACACAACCACGAACUGCAUCAUCAUUAAAGACCACUACACCUUCAAUUACCUCCAAACAACAAAUCACUACAACAUAAUACAAAUAAUAUAGAACUCUAGAACAAAAACAGUUUCUGCAAACUCAAAUCACAGCGUUUCUUUUUACCACAACACAGCCAAUAAUCACAACCUGACCAAAUACUGCAGCACAGCCAGGAACCAUAACACCGCCAAAUGCUACCACACAUGUUAGUACCACAGCAGUACCUGAUUCUGUGAAUCUACAAACAAAAAUGAGAAUAUCCCUUUUCACUAGGGCUGGGCGAUAAAUCAAUAUCACGAAUCACUUUAUAUUGAGCUAUUCACCUCAAUAACGAUAAAUGGACGAUAACUACUCCACAAGCUGCUCACCCCCUCCCACAUUAACUUCGUCUACUUCAGCCGCUACAACUUUUGAACCGUCCUCCAUCUCCUCACCUGUCUUUCCCUCUUUUUUACGGACUGGAUGGGGUGGAGUCACGUCUCCCAUGUAGGACAACGUCUUAAAGGGACAUGAGACCAUAGCCUACCUGCACACAUCCAAAAACAACUUUUGUGUAUUUAUUUUUUUGGCACAGAAUAUAUUGAUAUGGGCAAAAUGACGUCGGUUAUUGUCGUAAAUUUCUGUAUCGGUAAAUUUUCGGUUUAUCGCCCAGCCCUACUUAUCACCAUAGCACAACCAAAAUACCACAACUAGACCAUUAAAAAUGACAACGCUGAAACACUUGCCUGCGAGAUGUGUUUAUGGUUUGCAGUGGAAGUGAAGUGAAGUUUGACAUACAACCACAUCUGUGUGUUUUAUUUGUCUGAGCUUUAUGGUGAGCUUCAGCGUUACAUAACAGAUGACUUAUUCAACUCUUCAUAUCAGCAGUAAUGUGCAGGGUUUCAUUGUGCCCAGUCAUCCAUGCUGACGGUCAGUAAUGAGCAGCCUCACCGUAUUUCUGAGACUCUUCCAUGACUAAACCGCACAAAAGUCUGCCUCAUCAUCUUGUCGAGAUUAUUCUUGGUUUAUGGAUGCCCACUACUUAAGUGCGGAUUUUCCCCUAAGAUAGACGUUUUUUUUUCAAUCUGACAGACUGUUGCCCACAGCUUUGAUGGUAUUUGCAUGCUUUAAAGGGGAUUCUUUUUGUUUUCAUUUGACAUACAUUUGAUAGACUGAGCUUGUAAAAUGUAAAAUCUUAAACAGUCAACAAGCUGUGUAAUUUCCCUGGAAACAGUGUCCACCCUUUCAGAGUGCAUGCUCAUAUUAUUCCAGCUAGUCUUUAUUUGCCUUUUGGAUUUAUUUCAUUCAGAUGCUUAGAAUAAGCCGCACAGUCUUUUCAGUUUGUAGCAAAAGCUCCAAGUUCCUUAAAUCAAGGGCAAGUUUCAUUAAGAGAUAAGAGAGGAUUGAGGUUUCCUUAUUUUUCCAGAGCAGUACUCUCUGGGCCGUUGCAUAAUAGCAAAUACCUCAUUUGAAGCCUAAAAGAUUUGGAACUGUUCUACCAAACAAUCUCAAUUGACUCAGUUUGUGGUUUUCCCACAGUGCUAUUAGGGAAGAAAUCCAGAUCGUUCUCCUCUUCACUGAGCUCCUCAAACAAAAAAAAGAAGAUGCACACACUUCUGCUGAAAGAAUGAACACUGUGCAGCCCUGAUCUGUAGUUAAAAUAACGCUUGAUUAGCAAGGACACAGAAAAUUAUCUGAUUAAAAGCUGUCUUAUGUGGCUCAUUAAAAUAUCUGACUUAGGCACCCAUCCCCCAGUGUUAGUAUCAAAUCAGUUUCUGCGGCAGGCAGCUCUCUGGUGUGUUGGGCACUCUUCCUUGUGGAGCUUACAGGCUCAUUUUGACAUUUGGAAAUGAACGAAAGACUGAAAUUGUGUAUGUCCUCGGGGAUUUAACAGAACCAGGGAAACAAACUCUUGGAUAGAGCUCAGUCUAAGUUGCCACACCACAGUUGUAAAUGAAGAUUUCAAAUACUGUCUGUAUCAAAUAUGGACCAGUUGCACAAUGCAUGGUAAAGAGGUAUUUAAUCAGAUCCUUUUAGGGUGGGACAAGAUUUAAAUACUUACAUACCUACAUUUAUUAACUACAGACUAGAGUCAUAAACAAACAAACUGACAUGAAAUAAUAAAAAGUCUUUAAAAAGGAGAUGUAUUUAUUUGUUUAUCAAUGAUAUAGAUUUAAAAAGCAGAUUUUGAUCUGCUUUCUUGCAGGUUGAGUGAAAAAAGCAUACUGACAUUAUCACUAUGUAACCUAACACUUCUUUUAAAGGCUGUGUUUGACAAGGUGAACCAGACUUCUGUAGGAAUAUUUCGUGUCCAAAUUGAUUAUAAUUCUCUUUCACAAUUUACAGUCAAACAUUUACUAGCUUAUUUGUUAACAUUUAAUUGAACGUUUCCAUCAAAGGUUAGCCAAGGUGAAUGAGUGAUUCGCAAGAAUUGAAAUAAUGACUUUUGUCCUCCUUCAGCUCUUCUUCUUCAUGAGGCCUUUUAGUUGACAGACCUUUAAAAAUAAAUGAGGCGAACACUGUUACUAUCAUCGCUAUAACUCAUGGGUGCAGCUACCAGUGACUUCAGCUCUGUUUCUGUUUCUUGGAUUGCAGGCUAAGAUCUAAUAUUAAAACAAACAUGUUGCUCAGCCUGGUAAUUUAAAGAUGCUAACAGAAACAUAAAGGUUUUGCUCAGUGCAGUGUCAUCGACUUGCUUUACAGCAGGUUGAUUCCGUGUGAUGUGUGUGAAUUAUUAGUCCUAAUUCUGCAUUUGAGUUACCUCAGAAGUCAGAUGUUCGAGCUGGGAAUGACGUCACAACCGAGUUACUAACGUUUCAGUUACCAAGUCGGAAAAAAGCAAAAUCAGAGGCAGAAACAAGAUGGCUACAUCUACAAAAUUUAUUUUAGCGCUUGUUAUUUUAGUUAUUUUAAGUUAUUUUAGUGCUUGUUAUGUUAGUUAUUUUAAGUUAUUUGAGCAUCCCCUUUUGUAGAUGUAGCCAUCUUGUUUCCAUCUCCAAUUUUGCUUUUUUCCGACUUGGUAACUGAAACGCUGGUAACUCGGGUGUGACGUCAUUCCCAGCUCAGACAUCUGACUUCCGAGGUAACUUGAACGCAACAUAAGUAUUGAUCUAGCUAUCAGAAUCAGUUGCCAUUGGUGAGGGCUUGUCCAGAGGAUUUGACCAAUCAGGAACAAGUAUUUAACACAGCCUGAUGAGUAUCUAAGAAUGAUAGUUUUCUUUUUGCGUGAUUUUUUACAGUCCUUGAGGAGGGCGGUGUUAAGAUGAAACUGACAGUUGUGGACACCCCAGGGUUUGGGGACCAAAUCAAUAAUGACAACUGGUAGGUUUUUCUUCUCUAGUAUCAUCAAAUCUUCAUAACUCACCUUUACUUGAAGUCCAGGCAUGCGUUCAUGAGCCUCAAGCUCAUUUUUAAGUAACCCUUUUCUCUGUAUCAACAGCUGGGAGCCCAUUUCAAAGUUCAUCAAUGAGCAGUAUGAGAAGUUCCUAAAGGAGGAGGUCAAUAUCACCAGAAAAAAGCGCAUCCCUGACACCAGGGUGCACUGCUGUCUGUAUUUCAUCUCCCCGACUGGACAUUCGUAAGUUGAACUGGAUAAAAGACACACACACGGGGUUCAUAUCCUUUUGACUAAAGCAGUUCAUCUUAGAAAAGCAACGUCCUAAUACAAAUGUGCUACUUGAUAUUACAGACAACACACGCUCUCCCACUUCUCUGAACACCUCACAAUUAGCUACUGCUGAAAACUGUGAAAUUGUUCUUUAAUUAAGGAAAGAAUACAGUCUUUCAUGUUUUACAGCCAGUGUAUCACGUCCUUUUUAAACCAAGGUAAUUGAGACUGACAGGAUGUUUUGUGUGCAAACAAACAAGAACUGGGACUCAGCCUUUGUUACUAAUGAGCUUAUUUUUCAGUCGCCUUCACACUGUAAAUCUUUUGUAAUUGUUACAACACUCAGUGCAGGAAAAGUACUGUGACAUGAAACAUAACAAACAAAACCUCUGCCCCCUUUUGCACUUCAUUAUCCCGAUCAUCUUUUCACUGUUUCAUACAAGCCCCCUGGGAGAAACCAGGCACCUAAAUCUACCUGCUUACACACUUCUCAUCUGUGUGCUGUCUUCUAGCUGUUUCUCUGUCUGUGUGUUUGUGCCAGUCUCCGACAGCUGGAUAUCGAGUUCAUGAAGCGCUUGAGUCACUCAGUCAACAUUAUUCCUGUCAUAGCCAAGGCAGACACUAUGACCAUUGAGGAGAGACAGGAGUUUAAGCAGCGGGUAGGUUUUAACAUGAUCCCAACUUAACUGAUAAUUAGCCAGGUCCACUUAUCAGUGUUAGUGCUUAUCUGUAGGUUAAAUGUGUCAGUGUGUCAAAGAUGUGUCUUCAUUUGUGUUUUGUAGGUAAGGAAGGAGCUGGAGACGAGCGGGAUUGAGUUUUACCCGCAGAAAGAGUUCGAUGAGGACAUGGAAGACAAGAGUGACAAUGACAAGAUUAGAGUGAGUGCUUCUGGUCUUUUUUUUUAAAUCACAUUUGCCCAAUUAUUCACCUCCUCCUUUAAAACACGAGUCCGCCCCACCCAUUUCCCCCUCUCACCUAGACACUGUCUCUCCCACAGUCAUGCAUCAUUUCCCCCAGACUGAAUGUCAAGGCACUGGGGCAUGUUGUGUCUUUGCUCAAUCAUGUAGACGUAUGACUCUGUGCUGUACGCUGAUUACCCUGUGUUUACAUAUGUCUCUAUCCGUAGGAGGCCAUGCCCUUUGCUGUGGUGGGCAGUGACAAAGAAUAUCAAGUGAACAACAAACGAGUUCUUGGGAGGAAGACACCGUGGGGAAUCAUCGAGGGUGUGUUCAUUAGUCUUUCAUUUAUUUCAUCAAUCCAGUUCAAUGUCACUUCGCUGCAGAAUUCAUUUUGAUGGUCCUCGCUGAAAGACUUGAUGAAUCAAAUGUAAUAUUGCCUGAUUUUGUGAUUGCAGUUGAAAACCCCAACCACUGCGAGUUUGCUCAGAUGAGGGAUUUCCUGAUAAGGUAAAGAAAAUUCAACUCGAUCAUUUUAGGUCCAAACUGUUUAAUAAACACAAAUUAAAGACACAACUACAUACAAUAUAAUGAGAAAUUGUGGGAAACUAUCUAUUUUUCUAUAUUGUUUUACUUAUUCUUCAAUCUUUAUCAUUAUUGAUCGAUAUGCAAAUCAUAAUUGAAGUGUAGGAACAACUGGGCAGAACUCUGCUGGUUAUUGUUCUUAUAUAUCGAGUCAUUAUUUAAUUUUAAAACACUGGUAAACAUUGAGAAAACUUUUAUUUUCAUCUCCAAAAUGAAGAUACCACAGAAUGCUAAAAAAAACAUUAGCAUUACAUUUGAGAGGCAGAGACCAGUUCAGUUUGUAUAGCAUCUAUCAUACCAAUUUCCUUCUUGGAUCCAGUGCUACUUUUUGAUUUACUUAGAUUUUUGCACUGUAUUAGACCAUUUCAUUUUCAAGGUACAUGACCUGUAAUGUAUCCCCUUUUUGUUCUGGUAUCUUUGUGUUCCUCAGGUCUCACCUCCAGGAUCUGAAGGAGGUCACUCACAAUAUUCAUUACGAAACCUAUCGUGCCAAAAGACUGAACGAAAACGGUGGUCUGCACCCCAUCGCCAAUGACACGCAGGAAAGUAACCUGUAG